CAUUAGAAGUAUAACAUUCUCCAUAAGUUAUAAUUCUGUUAAAAAUUAUGGCAAUAAACACAACGAAUGUAAAAUUAAUUUGUUAUGAUUCUCAUACUGACUUCAGCAUAGAUUUUUUUAAGCUACUUUUGAUUCUUGGAGCAAUUAUGUCUUUAGCGAUUGCUUCUGAUACUUGUUUGUAUCAAAAAUUAUGGGACCCAUUCUUCGAUCCUGAAUAUCAAAUAGCAAACGAUGAUGACAAUAGUUCGGACGAAGAAAACGAUCCAAAUGUGCAAAAAAUAUUAUCAGCAAGUAUUUUAAGCGGCCAUACAUGUGAAGAUGAAAAUAAAAAAAGGGAUAGUACCAAUAUAAUUUCAAGCAGACUUAUUAAUAAUGGACAAAUAUAUGCUACGGAUCUUGCUAGUCAGUCAAAAUAUAACGUUGAUACUAAUAUUGAUGGCAAUGAUAUGAAAUAAAGUAGUUUUUAUUGCCC